AUGGGUAUCAAACGUAAAAUCGAAGAAAAUGGUGUUGAUGCUGAGAAAAAAACUAAACUGGAAGAAGAAUUUCCUAUUGAAACGUUUAUCAAGAAUUUGAAAGAUCCAGAAAGUAGUUUUUUAGCUCUGAGUGAAUUCAAUGAAUAUGUACGUCAAUUACCAUCACCGGAAAAGCUGGACGAUUUGAUAGAGAAUCUUCUUCAAGGGUUAAAUUCAAACUUAGAUAACGUCGUAGGACUUAUCUCCGAAGAAAAACGUAAAGCAAGCGAGAAUAUCACAUUAUAUCGUUUCCUUACGACAUUAUUGGAACACUUCUCGUUGAAAAAUCAUGCUAAUCUCGCUGAAGUUAUUCUCAAAAAGUUCAUUUCAAUACCAACGUCUAUCCAUACCAUUUACUUCAUGCUAUCGAAUCAUAGUACAGCAAGUCAUCUAAAGAUCACAUUACGAUUUUUACUUUCAAUUGUUCAGCAAAAUGAAUACCAUGCUCGAUCAAUAUUCUCCUUGAUCGAUUUCAAACGACCAUGUUGGAAACCCUUAUUCAAACGACGUGACAUUCGAGAUACCGAAGAUGUACGGUAUUGGGUCGUGAAAUUCUUUCUGUCACCGUUAGUUUAUCAACAUAUUGAUACCAUUCGAAAUUUAAUCAAAGAACAUGAUAUCUUUCAUGAAGUCUUCUAUGGAUUAGCUAAUGAUUCUCGUAGCACGGUGGAAUUUAUCCUGGAUGAAAUCCGCACGAAUAUCAUUAUGGUGCCAGGAGUAACCAAAACGGACAAGAUUCAUUUGUUUGAUGAUAGAAAUUUGAAAUCGUUGAUUCGUUUAUAUAACUGGACUGGUCAACAAAGACAGAAGGAUUUAGUCAAGACCAAAAAGAAGAAAAAUCAACCGGAAGAAGCACUAGAAUUAGAAGAAAUGGAAGUCGAAGAUAGCACAGAUAGAGAUGAAGUUCGCCGAAUAAUUCACACAUUUAUGAUGAUUGUGUUGAAUUCGAAAAACUACGGUAUCAACUUUUUCGAUCCGAAUUUCGGAACAAUCACGACAACAAAAAGUUCGAAUUCAAUCAUUUUCAAAGUGAUCGUCAUUCUUGCUAAUCACUAUCAUUCUGAUGAAUAUGCAGCAAAUUUGAUUGUUACCAGUUUAACAACAUGCCCUGAUCUUCUUCAAUCAUUCUUUAAAUUGAUUUCGCAUGAAUACAUCAGUGGUCGCUCGAAGAAUCUGACAAGAACAUUGGAAUUUCUUUGUGAAGUUCUUCAACAACAAAAAUCUUUAGACACAUGGCUCGCACUCUUUCAAACAAUGACAGAUCCGAUCAAAUUAACGGACAUACUAAUCAACUUAACCUUACCUAUCGACAUCAUGAGUAAAUUCGAUCAAGUGAUUUUGAAAAAUUCUGAUGCCCUGAUUCAAUCAGUCGCGAUGAAAUUUCUUUCGUCGGUUUUGGAAAGAGUCAAAGAAGCAUUAAACAUUAUCACCGAUGUUCCGCUUGCCUGUGGUAAAGUCAAUGCGCUGGAAAUUUAUCAGCAAGCGAUUCUACGAUAUAUACCAAAACCAGACCAUUUCUGCGAUUCAUUGAAUCUACUCAAAACAGUCGAUUCCACAUCGGACAUCAAUCAACCGAUUAGUCAAUAUAUCAAUCUUCUCAAACUAUAUUCUUCCCCAUGUUUCAUGUCAAUGUCAGCCAUGAAUAUCAAUCUUGAUAUUCUUCUCACGAACUCGAUUAUGAACUUAUUAACAUUUUUCAAAGAAAUUUUAACUAAAAAUGAAACUAAUGAAAACUUAAUUGAGAACUACUUCCAAUGUAUUGAAAACAUUCUCAGUUAUCGAGAAUCCAUUGAUGAUGCAACAUGGGCACGACAGAAUAAAGAACUUGAAUGUACACCACUUCGAAUGCUGUUGAAACUCGGCAAACAAUUUCGAAACUUCAGUGACAUAUCCGAACAGCUAUCUUCAAUUGUGAGCAAACUAUCUUCUAUGGUCAAUCAACAUCGACAAGAAUUGGAGAUCUGGUUUUACACAUGGUUAAAACUAGGAAGCGAUGAAAAGAUCGAACAGUUUCUUUCGAACACAAUCGAAAGAAUCAUAUUAAACCCUUAUCCAUUACUUGAGAAAACAAUCAAAGAUAGCGGAUAUAGUCUGAUGAUCUAUUCCGCACUGGAUGCUAUUCAGCAUGCCAAACAAGAAAUUUCCAAUGAAAUCGAUGAAUAUCUAUGUCACGUGAUAUUCCAAGUUUACAUCGGACAAGUCAAUCAUCCAUCGGAAAAAAUCCAUGAACAUCUAAGGAGAAUUUAUUUAAAAGAUAGGAGCGAUAUGAAAAUCCAACAAUUGUUGAAUAGUAUGACAACAUCGGAUAAACAAAAUGUGAUGUUAACCAGCGAAAUCAGUCAGAUUGAAAAAUACAUUCUUUCCAAUAUUGAUCUGGAAAAAGGUCCUGAUAAUAUGCAAAUGAAUCUAGCCAUUAAACUAAAUAUAUUCAAACUAUUUUCAUUACAAAAAAGCGAUAGUUCAAAAUUAAUCUCAGAAAUGAUUCAAUGUCUAAACAUCACUCUGCUUCUCAAUGACUCUCGUCGUCCAUUUGAACUUCUGUUUGAUACAGCUAUCGAACAUAUUCAAUCCUAUGCAUCACCGGAGAACAAUACUUCAACUGUGUCAUGUGUUUGUCAAUUAAUUAACGGACUAAAUACGACUCAACAAAGCGGCAAACCACUUCAACAUUCAGAAAUUCUAUUAAAAUGCUUAGAAUAUCAACCGAAUUCUUAUCAAUUGAUUUACUUCACUUCGAAGUAUUUAUCUUCAGAGUAUCGAACAGAAUUUCUUAACGUUAUCUCCCAAACAGUUACUGAUAAUCUCGAUAUUCUGAAGAUUAUCAUUCGUGAAUUACAAAGCAAUCCAAAUAUCACAGAUGAGAAAUACCUCGACGCCAUUGUUGAUGGAUUGAAAGUAUUCGAUGACGAUCUCGAACAAGCAAUCGAAUGCAUUUUGGAACUAAUCGAAAGAAUGAAGAAAGUUUCCAACAAAAAUUGGAAGAAUGUCUUGAGAUUAAAACAAAAACUGAUUUUCAAACUAAUAGGAAAAGAAUAUGCAGAAGUGACAACUCGAAUUCUUGUAGCAAAACUAAUCGUUCGAACGAUAAUUGCGCUUCGCUCGAAUGACCGGACUGAUGCCAUCAACCGUUUACUAAGCAAAUCCACUCGUUCCAUACUUCUUCUCGCUUAUGUUUUUCAUGAUCUAUUAAUUCUCGAGGAAAAAGUUGAACAUGAAGUGUUUAUUAGUUAUUUACAAAAGCUUACUGAAAAUUGCUCGUCCGAAUCAAUCGUUUUUGAUCUAUUACGGGUUUAUUCGCAACAAAAUCCGAAUGAAACCGAACAAAUCAUGGAAUUAUUGAGAAGCGAAACUCGAGAAGACGGAUUACCAAUUAAGCAAACCAAUAAAUUACUAUUGAUGCUUAAACUAUUUCCAGAUUCGUUAUCAACAGCAGAGACAAUCUACAAAUCGUUAACUGCAAAGGCAGUCUCAUUUUUCGAAGCCACCACCGAUGCUAAACAAAAUAUUGAUGAAUGGCUAUUGGCCUUUGAGCAAUGCACAGUUCAUCUUCUAGCUCAAACGAAAAGUCAAAUCGAUCUUUAUGAUUUAAUUCGUCAUAUACUCAAGUUUUUCUCUACAUUUACUACCAAUGCUAUUAGUCUCUUGAAAACUUUGAUUCAAUUCUUUGUUUCUCAAGAGUCAAAAGAUCAUAAACAUCUAGCCAAACUAUUCGGUCAUUUCCUUAAACACAAGAAUUUUCUUGAACAACUUUCAUCUUCCAAUCGUUCGCUACUCAUGGACACUCUGUCGCUGUUUAUUCUACACUAUGAUGCAAAUCAAUCUUCUGUGACAAUCGACUGUUCAAAGCAUUUUCCUAUGCUAUUAUCAAUUUAUAAUCCAACUCUAUCAAAAAAUGAUCAACAUACAUUAGCUUGUAUGCACACAUAUGAAAAGCAAGGAUAUUCAAUGCAGUCAGCAUUUGUUUGGGGAGAAGCCGCACUGAAAUUAUAUAGUGCUGCAACCGAUGCCAAGAGUGUUUUAUUGCAAGCAUCAAAAUUAGAACAAGUGAUGAAUUUGCUAGAUGAUAGAAUGAUGUUGAAAUCGAUUCUAUUUUAUCCAGUGACAAGAAGAUUGAGGAAUGUUGAAGCAAGUGUUUUUGAAGAGGGUGACCAAAUUUACGAUCCAGCCUAUUUAAUACCGGUUUUUUAUCAUUCACUCGGACCAGAAAACGUGGUCAAAUGUCAACAAUUUGUUGAGAAAAAUUGUCUCGCUUAUUGUCUCAUGGCUUUAAGUUCGCGUUGUGGUCUAUUACGAGCUGUCGUUUACAAUUGUCUUGCUCGUUUUGAGCAACAUUUAGUAACACAACGAUUCCAUUGUAAAGAACAAAUCUUGACAAUGUUUACAUUAUUGAAACAAAGCAUCAAGAAAUCGAACUUGAAAUUAGCGCCCAUUGUGGCACUGUUUCUAUCAAAAUUAAUCAAUCUGUUCACCCAUCCUGAAUCGAAAAUGUAUCGAACAAUAACACGAUUUCUUCUAAAACAGCCAUAUAUCGAUCUCGUUCAUAUUCCGCUAUUCGGUGAACUUUUUCACAGUGUAUCUUCUGAAUACAAACAUGAACGUGGAUGGAUCUUGAAUUUGUUAAAACACGGUAUUAAAGAUUCGAUCGAUUAUACAUUGUGUACGAAUGCCUAUGUAUUCAAAACAUUGAUGACAUUCUACAAUUGUUCAUUGUGUGAUGAUACUACGAAAAUGGAAAUACUGAACGUCUUUCACGCGACUAGUAAACUUCAAGAUAUGCUUAUGUCAUUGUUAUUUGACUAUGGAUUCCUGCUUUGGUUGCAAAAUUUAAUUAAAACAUGUUCCAGUGAAAGCUUAAAAGUAUUAUCAUUAAUUAUUCAAAAUAUUGGCACACGAUUGGUAUCGGUUGAUAAUCGAGUUCAAUUAUUAGAGUUUGAUUGUGUUCUUAUGCUAUUCAUACGACGACUGAAAAGUGAAAUGCUGAUUUCAACAUCAAUUGCUGAUGCUGUGAUGUCGACGGUAUUGAAAUUUCAAGAAUAUUUUAAAUCAUCGAAACGCUCAUUGGACAUUCAACAGAUAAAACAUAUUAUUGAUUGUUCAACAAUAGCGAAGAAAACUUCAUUGUUAUCUUGUUUUUGUUAA